AGACCAAAGAAGGUUUGGUGGAAAGCAGAACCUUGGUCUCCAUCUAACUGCUCCUAAGCCUCAUGUUCCCUUGCCCUGCGCAUCCUGUUGCUUCCCUGACUGACCUUCUCCGUGACCUGUAGCUAAACCUUCCACCAGCGCUUGAGAACUUAAUUUGAACCGGAUCCUUUCCCAGACCCCUUUCUCCUCCUCCUCCUCCUCCUCUUCCACCUCCAGGUGCCCAACAGCCCCCUUCUCCUCCUUUCCCUUCCCUUCCCUUCCCUCCCCUCCCCUCCCCCUUCCCUCCGCCUCCCCAUCCACUUCCCUCCCCCCACCCUAAGCCACCCCCGCCUCUGUCCUGGCCGCCUCAGGGCGCCCUGAGAGGACCAGGACAUGCCAGUGUGGUGGCUGCUCUUUUGGCUCCUCCUGCUGGGAUUUAUCAGCCAUCACCCCACCUAUACGGGGUUUCACCAUGUUCGCCAGGAUAGUCUCCAUCUCUUGACCUCGUGAUCCGCCUGCCUCAGUCUCCCAAAGUCCUGGGAUUACAGGCAUGAGCCACCGCUCCCAGCCAAAAUAUAUAACCUUAAGUGGUGGAGUGCAAUGGCAAAAUAUCCCUUGUUGCCCAUUGGAGUGCAGUGGCACAAUAUCAGGUCACCGCAACCUCUGCUUCACAGGUUCGAGCAAUUCUCCUGCCUCAGCCUCCCGAGUGGCUGGGAUUACAGCCGUGUGCCACCACGCCCAGUUAAUUUUGUAUUUUUAGUAGAGAUAGGGUUUCUCCAUGUUUGACCUUGAGGAACCCUGUGAGCUCAGGAAGGAAGGAGUGCCCAGAAGCAGGGACUGGGAGCUGGUUGGGGAGGACCAGAAAUCAGGUUUGUGAAGGUUCCAGAGAGGACCUGUCCUUGGGAGGAGUGUUGGGGGCUGAGAUGGGGGAGGGGGCAUUGGCAUGGUGGGGCACUCAUGGAAUGUCCAUUGUGAGGCCGCACCACUGGCAUCAGGGAUUGGUGGAGAGGGAGUAUAAAAUCUCAGGGUUGCUAAGAGAGGGCCCAGACCAAAGAAGGUUUGGUGGAAAGCAGAACCUUGGUCUCCAACUAACUGCUCCUAAGCCUCACGCUCCCUUGCCCUGCGCGUCCUGUUGCUUCCCUGAUUGACUUUCUCCGUGACCUGUAGCUAAACCUUUCAACAGCACUUGAGAACUUAAUUUGAACCGGAUCCUUUCCCAGACCCCUUUCUCCUCCUCCUCCUCCUCCUCUUCCACCUCCAGGUGCCCAACAGCCCCCUUCUCCUCCUUUCCCUUCCCUUCCCUCCCCUCCCCCUUCCCUCCACCUCCCCAUCCCCGUCCACUUCCCUCCCCCUGCCCUAAGCCACCCCCGCCUCUGUCCUGGCCACCUCAGGGCGCCCUGAGAGGACCAGGACAUGCCGGUGUGGUGGCUGCUCUUUUGGCUCCUCCUGCUGGGAUUUAUCAGCCAUCACCCCACCUAUGUUAUCAAUUCUCCACCUGAUCAUUUUCAUCCUGGGACUGACUUUUGUGGAAUUCCUUGGAUAGUUAUCAUUAUUGUGUUUCUGGGAAUUUCUACACUUGCUAUUUUCCUCUGGAAAACUAGCCUUUGUGUGUCUUUCCUCAAGACUGUCUUAAAGUCACAAAAUGUACAUGACGGAUCCACGGAUGUACAGCGGAAAGCCUGGAGGUCCAAUAGCCAUAGCCAGGAAGGAAUUAAAAUUGGCCUAGAAGACCUCUUUACUUCACAGAGACAUAUGGAAGCCAAAGUUCGAGCUGAAGUCCAUAAGGUGACAAAGAAUGUCAACAGUCAUUACAAAAUCAAUGGACAUAGGAAGACUGCCAAAAAAAAGAAACUGUUUCAACGCAUGCAAGAGUGGCGGCGGCGGGCAGAGGACUACUACAGAUGCAAAAUCACCCCUUCUGCAAGAAAGCCUCUUGCCAACUCACUCUGUGCUCAAGCCUUGCAAAGGGGGAAGGCAGAGAGGAAGGCUGCCUACAAGCAGCACAGGUGUCAAAUGAGGCAAAAGCAGAGAGUCCCAGAGAGACACAUGAGUCAGGAGCCAGUCCAGGGACGACCGGGCCUAGAGAACCCUUUCUGGAUGGCAGAUUCAGGACCUCAUUCGGUUCCCAUGAGGAACAGCAACGGCAUCCCAGCUGAAAACACAGAGAAGACAAAGGUCAGGAUGGCGGCAGUGGAGCACCAUCAUUCCUCAGGAUUGCGCUACCGGCCCUACCUCCCGGCUGAAACUUUAAGAAAAAGGAUAGGCCGCAAGCCACGUCCUUCUAUUCAGUGUGAUCUGAGAGGUCAACCACGUCCAUCAGUUAAAGGAUGUCUGAGACCGCUGACUCUUUCUCGACUACAGUGUCCACUAGGACCUCAACCACAUUCUACAACUGAUGAUUUUCUGAGAAGAGAGACACCUCAAGACGAGUGUGCCCUGGGACCUGAUCCACUUCCUCGAGCUGAUGAUUUUCCGAGACUCAAGACACCUCCGGAGGGUCUUUUCAUACCAGUUUCCCCUUCUCCAGUUGAUGAUUCUCUGAGCCUCAAGACACCUCCCGAGUGUCUUCUAGUACCCCUUCCACCUUCUCCAGUUGAUGAUUUUCUCACACCACAGGCACCUCCCAUCAAGCGUUGUCGCCUGGGACCUGUAGCAUUUCCUCGAGCUAAUGAUUUUAGGAGACCCAAGGAACCUCCUGACUGUUUUUUUGUACCACUUCCACCUUCUCCAGUUGAUGAUUCUCUGAGCCUCAAGACACCUCCCGAGUGUCUUCUGGUACCCCUUCCACCUUCUCCAGUUGAUGAUUUUCUCACACCACAGGCACCUCCCAUCAAGCGUCGUCGCCUGGCACCUGUAGCAUUUCCUCGAGCUGAUGAUUUUAGGAGACCCAAGGAACCUCCCGACUGUUUUUUUGUACCACUUCCACCUUCUCCAGUUGAUGAUUCUCUGAGCCUCAAGACACCUCCCGAGUGUCUUCUGGUACCCCUUCCACCUCCAGUUGAUGAUUUUCUCACACCACAGGCACCUCCCAUCAAGCGUCGUCGCCUGGGACCUGUAGCAUUUCCUCGAGCUGAUGAUUUUAGGAGACCCAAGGAACCUCCCGACUAUUUUUUUGUACCACUUCCACCUUCUCCAGUUGAUGAUUCUCUGAGCUUCAAGACACCUCCCGAGUGUCUUCUGGUACCCCUUCCACCUUCUCCAGUUGAUGAUUUUCUCACACCACAGGCACCUCCCAUCAAGCGUCGUCGCCUGGGACCUGUAGCAUUUCCUCGAGCUGAUGAUUUUAGGAGACCCAAGGAACCUCCCGACUGUUUUUUUGCACCCCUUCCACCUCCUCCAGUUGAUGAUUCUCUGAGCCUCAAGACACCUCCCGCGUGUCUUCUGGUACCUGUUCCACCUUCUCCAGUUGAUGAUUUUCUCCCACCACAGGCACCUCCCAUCAAGCGUCGUCGCCUGGGACCUGUAGCAUUUCCUUGAGCUGAUGAUUUUAGGAGACCCAAGGAACCUCCCGAGUGUUUUUUCGCACCCCUUCCACCUUCUCCAGUUGAUGAUUCUCUGAGCCUGAAGACAUCUCCCGAGUGUCUUCUGGUACCCCUUCCACCUUCUCCAGUUGAUGAUUUUCUCACACCACAGGCACCUCCCAUUGAGCGUCACCUGGGACCUGUAGCAUUUCCUCAAGCUGAUGAUUUUAGGAGACCCAAGGAACCUCCUGAGUGUUUUUUCACACCCCUUCCACCUUCUCCAGUUGAUGAUUCUCUGAGCCUCAAGACACCUCCCGAGUGUCUUCUGGUACCUGUUCCACCUUCUCCAGUUGAUGAUUUUCUGAGACCACAAACACCUCCCGUCCAGUGUCACCUGAGACCUGUACCAUUUCAUCGAGCUGAUGAUAUCAGGAGACUCAAGAAACCUCCUGACUGUUUUGACUGUUUUUUGUUUUGUUUUGUUGUUUUUGUUUUUUUGUUUUUUGUUUUUUUUAUUCUGUGGCAGGAAGGGGCCUGGUGUGUUGUUGAUUCAAUUUAUUGAUCAUUUUUACAACACAUAAAUUCAUUUAAGUAUUGAUUGUGCACCUAACAUAUGAUACGCAUUUUUUCAUCACUCCCCCACUCCCAGAACCCUAAGCUUUUCUCACUGUUAGAACUGCUAGUUUAUUUGUAUUUCAGUCACUUUGACUGUAAACUCCUUUAGUGUAGGUGCUUAGAUUUUUUUCACUGCUUAGCCCCCAAUGCCUGUAUAGAGUAAGCUUUUUUUUUUUUUUGUACCAAAUGCCCAAUGGCCAAUUUAUUCUGUUUCAAUAACAACUAGGCAUCAUUUUCAAAGGGCCAUAUACUGACAACAGACUGCCCAGAAAUUAUCUCCCUAUGUAGGAAAACUACAGAAGACAAGUUCUUAGACUUUUAAUGCCCAAUACAGUAGCCAUUAAUGACAGGUGACUACCGGGCCUUGAAAUGCGAUAGUCCAAAUUGAGAUGUGCUAUAAGCUUAAAUUACACACCACGUUUCAAAGCCAUAAGACCAAGAACUGUAAAAUAGUCUAGUAAUUUUAUAUUUAUUAUAUAUUGAAAUGAUAUUUGGUAUUUUGGAUAUAUUGAGUUAAAUAAAAGUUAAAUUCACCUGUUUGGUUUUUUACUUUUAAAAUGUGAA